GCAGCGACAGCUUCCAAACCGCCGUUUAGCUCCAACUGAGACGUUGUGUCGCAGACUGACAAACUACAGCUUCUUUACGAGCGGCCAUGGAGGUGCAGACGCGUUACUUCUUCUGGGUACAACUUCUCACAGCUUGUCUGGUGUUUGGGGUGAAAGGUGACCCCUGUGCUGAGAAUGUUUGUAACAAUGGAGGAACCUGUGUGACUGGCACAGGAACUCCUUUCAUUUGCAUCUGCCCUGAUGGCUUUUCUGGAGAAACCUGCAAUGAGACUGAGACGGGACCAUGUAGCCCCAACCCUUGCAAGAAUGAUGGCGUCUGUGAGUCCCGCCGAGGUGAUGUCUUCACUGAUUAUGUCUGCAGAUGUCAGCCCGGCUUUGAAGGAAGUUACUGCCAGACCAGUGUCCAGGGAGCAGAUUUAACCUCUCCAACAGAUGUAAACGACUGUGCUGGCCAGCCGUGUGAGAACGGUGGCACCUGCAGAGACUUGGAUGGAGAUUUCAAAUGCCACUGCCCUCCUCCAUAUGUGGGCAGACAUUGCCAACUGCGCUGUAUUUCUCUGCUCGGCAUGGAGGGAGGAGGCAUCGCCGAGUCCCAGAUCUCUGCCUCAUCAGUCCGCUACAGCAUGCUGGGCCUCCAGCGCUGGGGUCCGGAGCUUGCCCGUCUCCACAAUAAGGGGCUGGUCAAUGCCUGGAGUGCAGCUGCUCAUGACAAGAAUCCAUGGAUUGAGAUCAACAUGCAGAGAAAGAUGCGCUUCAUCGGCAUUGUGACGCAGGGUGCAAGUCGCAUUGGUACAGCGGAGUUCAUUAAGGGCUUCAAAGUGGCUUCCAGUGUGGAUGGCAAGACAUACACCAUGUACAGGACUGAAGGACGGAGAAAGGACCAAGUUUUUGUGGGGAACGUGGACAAUGACAGCAUUAAGACCAACUUUUUCGACCCCCCAAUUAUCGCUCAGUACAUCCGCAUCAUUCCUGUUGUGUGUCGCAUGGCCUGCACCCUGCGCAUGGAGCUGGUGGGCUGUGAACUCAACGUAUAUUCAAAUACUUCAGGUUGUUCGGAGCCCAUGGGCAUGAAGUCUCGACUGGUGUCGGACCGCCAGAUCACAGCCUCAAGCACCUUCUCUACCUGGGGCAUCGACGCAUUCACUUGGCUGCCACACUAUGCUCGACUGGACAAGCAGGGCAAGACCAAUGCUUGGAUUCCCGCCACCAACGCCCCGUCUGAAUGGCUGCAGGUGGAUCUGUUGGCUCCCAAGAAGAUAACAGGAAUCAUCACCCAGGGGGCAAAAGACUUUGGCUCUAUCCAGUUUGUUUCGUCUUUCAAAGUAGCCCACAGUAAUGACGGAAGGACCUGGACUGUACUCAAGGAUGAAAGCACAGGCAAAGACAAGAUCUUUCCUGGUAACAGUGACAACAAUGUUCACAAGAAGAACAUCUUUGAUCCGGCAUUCUACAGCCGAUAUGUCCGCAUCCUGCCUUGGGAAUGGCACGAGCGCAUCACCCUUCGAAUGGAGCUCCUGGGCUGCGAUCAGUAGCACAGACCUGAACCUACGUCCUCUCACCUCCCUUUUCUCUCCCUCCCUCCCUCCCUUCUCCUUCAUUACGUUCCUCCUGAGCCAAACCUGCACUGCCUUGCUCUCAGCCCUAGGGGGCGGCAAAUGAUAGCGUAGCGCACCACCAAAACCCUGGCUGGUCAGAGGUGGGAGUUGUUACCCCUAACCACUGUGAGCAGGAUCUUGAUUCAGCUAAACAUACCUAUUCUUUCCUCUUCUCUUCUGUUUUGAAUCAAAUCUGUGAUCACUUCAAGAAGCAGAGCGGAGUCCGGUCGUAUCCCACAUGUUUGCUUAAAUAAAAGGUGGUUAGUUCCUCCUUGCUGUGUCAGACGUCAGGGGUAACACAACUGCUGGUGUAUCAGUUGCUGCGGCUUGAACUCUGAUCCUAGAUUUAGCUCUACCUGGAACAGUGUACCUCCGAGACCCGCAGCUGGUGAUGUACAUAACCCACCAUGAAACAGCCUCCACACAACCUUUAUUCCAACACUUAACCUCCCUUCAACUCAGACAGUAUCUAUAUGAUCUUUCCACCAUGCAGUAAAACAUACAGUUGUUUUUAUUCUCAAAAGAUAAUCUUUUCAUUGCAAGUAUUUUAGCAAGAAAAAUUUACAGUCAUAAAUAUGUUUACUGUGAUUCUAUUGUGAAAAGAAGUUAAUUGUUAAUAAAAGUUUAUAAUGGUGAAAAAAGUGAGUAGAGAUGACAUACUAAUCUUCACAAUGUGUGCUUUGGCAUUCUCUACAUGUCUUUGCUGUGAUUUAGACAUUAAAACCAGUUUUUGUUCUUCUUCUA